AUGGGAGACGAACUCAACCCAAAUCCAGCAGUAGUUAUCAGCAACCAUGCUUCAUUAGCAGACUAUUUUGUUUUGCAGCACCUAUCAAGGCUAUCCACAAAACCUGAAAGGGAUUCAGUUCAUGGAAUACCGCAAAACAGGAGUCUUAAGUUGCCAAUUAUCAACUUUUUCUCAUGGUUUCUAGUAUGGAGAGUUCCAACAAUCAAAAUCUUGUCUCAUUUAUUGAAAACAGAUGAAAAUUGGGAGCUAGAAGAAAGUUCAAUCCUCUACGUCUUUUCUAAAUUACUCAAGAGCAAGUUCUCUGAAUGGAUUGCGUUGUUUCCGGAAGUGAAUGUGUGGACCAUUGACGGUUUCGAAUUGCAGCAGCAGGUUGGUGAAAAGUACUUCCUUCCAAAACUACAGCAUUUGCUUUACCCACGAUACUCAGCCUUUCAUAAUAUAAUAACUGCCUUGACAAAAUUCAAACCACACGCUUAUUCCAAUUUGUAUGACUUGACAAUUUUGUAUUGUCGUCGAAGUGGCAAUGAGGUCGACUAUAAACCACCUACAUUGUUGGAAAUCUUUUCCUCAAAAGAUCCCAUCACCGUGCUUGUCUAUGUCAAAGUAAGAUCAAUCGCCCGAAUACCUAAUAAAAGAAAGAAAUUGGAACGGUAUUUGGAACACUUGUGGAAGCACAAGGAUAAGAUAAUCACACAAAUUAAGGAGGAGAAUAAUCUGCAUCAAAUGAGAAAUUACAAUCGACACACCACCUUUAGCUCCUCCAUAUCGGGGGUGAUCUAG